CAAUUCUCUAAGCCACGAUGUCAGACCCCUACUCUCGCGUUGCUCAGCAAAUCGCUCUUUUCCGCUCCCCAAUCAACAACAAAAUAUUCAACGACGAUUCUCUUCGCAUUCUCGAAUCAGUUCUCGCCUCCAACGACGUUAAAUCGCUUUUUCAACUACGGUCCACCUUAAAACAGUUCAUCAGAUCUGAUUAUCUCUCAGCUAUUCGCCAUAUUGCAGCCAAAACUGUGGAUCAACAGCUCUCCACUCUCGAAUUCUUUGUUCAAGCCUUCGCUAUCAUCGGUGAUAUCGAGGUUACAGAAAUCCUUGAUUUUAUUUGAUCGCUCUGUUGUUUUUGUUUAAUCCAUU